AUGACUCGAACCUUCUGCUGGGAGGCCUGCCAUUCCAAAACAGGGGCAAGCAGCUCACAAUCUGAGGAAUGGCUUCUCGCACAGGCGAAUGUGUUGGUGAUCGCAGGUUCAGACACCACCGCCACUGCAUUGACAACUUUGAUCUACUACCUCGCAGCUCACCAGGACAAACUCUGGCAUCUCCAGCAAGAACUACGGGAAGCAUUCGACGAGGUUUCGGAGAUGACCAGCGAUAGACUCCAAGGCAUGCCGUACCUGAACGCUGUGAUCGAAGAGGGUCUGCGAAUCUGUCCACCGACCUCGUUCGGACUGCCGAGAAUCUCGCCCGGAGCCAUGUCAGUCGUCUCCACGUCUUCCUGGACCACCGCCCAUUGCAACGAUUAUCUCCACGACGCAAGGGGCUUCCACCCCGAACGUUGGCUUCCCGCAAUGCAUGCGCAGUGGGAUGCCAAAUUCCAGAACGACCACCUUGCCGCGUCGAAGCUAUUCUCGCUGGGCCCACGAGGUUGUCUGGGCAUCGAUAUGGCGUACAUGGAAAUGCGAAUUACGCUGGCCAAGUUGGCGUGGAAAUUCAACUGGGAAUUGGUCAAUGUGGACCACCUGGACUGGGAGGGGAGUUUCGCUUUGAAGGCUUUUCAAAGUUAUCGGUUCCGCAAGUUCGAUUUUACUCGAUGGACGAUUAAUCUGUGCUUUGAAAUCAUUCAGGCAUGUGCCAGUGACUCUGCGGCAGCCGUUCCUGACAGAAGGACAAUUCGCUGGCCACCCAGAUCUCCUCGGACUAUAAUUGGUAGACGAAGAUGUGCCGCCCUUGAUGGAGAUUUCCUCGGGAGCAAUAUCGGCCACAUCGGAUAUGGGGCUCCACAGAUUUCGCAAAAGCUACGAUGCACGGCGGAUCCUGAGCUACCGACGCUGGUGAAAAUUCGUACUAGACCUUGA